CGUCUCCGGCCACGUCGCUCCGCGCGGCGACCGCGCAUUUGGCCGCUGGGUCGGCGCCGAGGGCGAGCCGGGUGACCGGGAGAGAGGCGCGCGGCCCGGUCGUGGUCGCUCCCGAGGAGGCCGCAGGGUGCGGCGGGCUCUCGACCCUUAGAGGCUGGCGGGCGUCGUCCUGGGCCGUCCGCUGUGGAGAGCGCGUCUUCCCCGCCGCGCCCCGCGCCUGAGGAGGACGGUCGGCGACAUGUCCCCCGCGCUCCGAGAGCUGUCGCAACCGGCAGGUGUGAAGAAAACCCUGCAGGAUGAGCUUGAAGCCAUUCUGCAGAAGAGGAUUAUGGUGCUAGAUGGAGGGAUGGGGACCAUGAUCCAGCGGUACAAGCUAAAUGAAGAAUGCUUCCGAGGUCAAGAAUUUAAAGAUCAUGCCAGGCCAUUGAAAGGCAACAAUGACAUUUUAAGUAUAACUCAGCCCGAUGUCAUUUAUCAAAUCCAUAAGGACUACUUGCUGGCUGGAGCAGAUAUCAUUGAAACAAAUACUUUUAGCAGCACUAGUAUUGCCCAAGCUGACUAUGGCCUUGAACACUUGGCCUACCGGAUGAACAAGUGCUCUGCGGGAGUGGCCAGAAAAGCUGCCGAGGAGAUAACUCUCCAGUCCGGAAUUAAGAGGUUUGUGGCGGGAGCUCUGGGUCCAACUAAUAAGACACUCUCUGUGUCCCCGUCUGUGGAAAGACCAGAGUAUAGGAACAUCACAUUUGAUGAGCUCGUCGAAGCAUACCAAGAGCAAGCCAAAGGACUUCUGGAUGGUGGGGUUGAUAUCUUACUCAUUGAAACUAUUUUUGAUACUGCCAAUGCGAAGGCAGCCUUGUUUGCACUCCAAAAUCUUUUUGAAGAGCAGUAUGCUCCCCGGCCUAUCUUCAUUUCAGGGACGAUUGUUGAUAAAAGUGGGCGGACUCUUUCUGGACAGACAGGAGAGGCAUUUGUCAUCAGUGUGUCUCAUGCAGACCCACUCUGCAUUGGAUUAAAUUGUGCUCUGGGCGCAGCUGAAAUGAGACCUUUUAUUGAAACAAUUGGAAAAUGUACAACAGCCUAUGUUCUCUGUUAUCCCAAUGCAGGUCUCCCCAACACCUUUGGUGACUAUGAUGAAACACCUGCCAUGAUGGCCAUGCACCUGAAGGAGUUUGCUAUGGAUGGCUUGGUCAAUAUAGUCGGUGGAUGCUGUGGUUCAACACCAGAUCAUAUCAGGGAAAUUGCUGAAGCUGUGAAAAAUUGUAAGCCUAGAGUUCCACCUGCCACUGUUUUUGAAGGACAUAUGUCACUAUCUGCUGAAGCCUGUGUUGCGUUUGAAUCUCCCUCGAAGAAGGAGAAGCUGUGGUACUGUUUCCACAUUGGAUCUCCUGUCUACCCAGAUGGGCUGUGGCACAGUCUAGAGCCCUUCAGGAUUGGACCGUACACCAACUUUGUUAACAUUGGAGAGCGCUGUAACGUUGCAGGAUCAAGGAAGUUUGCUAAACUCAUCAUGGCAGGAAACUAUGAAGCAGCCCUGAGCAUUGCCAAAAUGCAGGUGGAAAUGGGUGCCCAGGUGCUGGAUAUCAACAUGGACGAUGGCAUGCUAGAUGGGCCGAGUGCAAUGACCAGGUUUUGCAACUUAAUUGCUUCCGAGCCUGACAUCGCCAAGGUGCCCCUGUGCAUCGACUCUUCCAAUUUUGCUGUGAUUGAAGCUGGGCUGAAGUGCUGCCAGGGCAAGUGCAUCGUCAAUAGCAUUAGUCUGAAGGAGGGAGAGGACGACUUCUUGGAGAAGGCCAGGAAGAUUAAGAAGUUUGGAGCUGCUGUGGUAAUCAUGGCUUUUGAUGAAAUAGGACAGGCAACAGAAACAGACAUCAAAAUCAGUGUGUGCACCCGGGCCUACCAUCUGCUUGUGGAAAAACUGAGCUUUAAUCCAAAUGACAUCAUCUUUGAUCCCAAUAUCCUCACCAUUGGUACUGGGAUGGAAGAACACAACUUGUAUGCUGUUAAUUUUAUCUAUGCAACAAAAACCAUUAAAGAAACAUUACCUGGAGCCAGAAUAAGUGGAGGUCUUUCCAACUUGUCUUUCUCCUUUCGAGGAAUGGAAGCCAUUCGAGAAGCAAUGCAUGGAGUCUUCCUUUACCAUGCGAUCAAGUUUGGUAUGGACAUGGGGAUAGUGAAUGCUGGAAACCUCCCUGUGUAUGAUGACAUCCAGAAGGAACUUCUCAAGCUCUGUGAAGAUCUGAUCUGGAAUAAAGACCCUGAGGCCACUGAAAAGCUCUUACGUUAUGCCCAGACUCAUGGCAAAGGAGGGAAGAAAGUCAUUCAGACGGACGAGUGGAGGGAUGGCUCCAUCGAAGAACGCCUGGAGUACGCACUCGUGAAGGGCAUUGAAAAAUAUAUUGUUGAGGACACUGAGGAAGCCAGGUUAAACCAGGAAAAAUAUCCCCGACCUCUGAACAUAAUUGAAGGGCCCCUCAUGAACGGCAUGAAAGUUGUUGGUGAUCUUUUUGGAGCUGGAAAAAUGUUUCUACCACAGGUUAUAAAGUCAGCUCGGGUCAUGAAGAAGGCUGUGGGCCACCUCAUCCCUUUCAUGGAAAAAGAAAGAGAAGAAACCAGAGUGCUUAAUGGCGUAGUAGAAGAGGAGGACCCUUACCAAGGCACCAUCGUGCUGGCCACCGUUAAAGGCGACGUGCAUGACAUAGGCAAGAACAUAGUUGGGGUGGUCCUUGGCUGCAAUAAUUUCCGAGUUAUUGAUCUAGGAGUCAUGACUCCCUGCGAUAAGAUACUGAAAGCUGCCCUUGAUCACAAAGCAGACAUAAUUGGCCUGUCAGGACUCAUCACUCCUUCCCUGGAUGAAAUGAUUUUUGUUGCCAAGGAAAUGGAGAGGUUAGCUAUAAAAAUUCCAUUGUUAAUUGGAGGAGCAACCACUUCAAGAACCCACACGGCAGUUAAAAUAGCUCCAAGAUACAGUGCGCCUGUAAUCCAUGUCCUGGAUGCAUCCAAGAGUGUGGUGGUGUGUUCUCAGCUAUUAGAUGAAAAUCUAAAGGACGAAUAUUUUGAGGAAAUCAUGGAAGAAUAUGAAGAUAUUAGACAGGACCAUUAUGAGUCUCUCAAGGAGAGGAGAUACUUACCCUUAAGUCAAGCCAGAAAAAAUGGUUUCCAUAUUGAUUGGCUGUCUGAGCCUCCCCCAGUGAAGCCCCUGUUUAUUGGGACCCGGGUCUUUGAAGACUAUGACCUGCAGAAGCUGGUGGGCUACAUUGACUGGAAGCCUUUCUUUGAUGUCUGGCAGCUCCGCGGCAAGUACCCGAAUCGAGGUUUUCCCAAGAUAUUUAACGACAAAACAGUAGGUGAAGAGGCCAAGAAGGUCUAUGAUGAUGCCCAAAAUAUGCUGAACACAUUGAUUAGUCAAAAGAAACUCCAGGCCAGGGGCGUGGUGGGAUUCUGGCCAGCGCAGAGCGUCCAGGACGACAUCCACCUGUACGCAGAGGGUGCUGUGGCGCAGGCGGCAGAGCCCAUAGCCACCUUUCAUGGGCUGAGGCAGCAGGCCGAGAAAGACUCCGCCAGCACAGAUCCAUACUACUGCCUCACGGACUUCGUCGCCCCUCUGCAUUCUGGUGUCCGCGACUACCUGGGCCUGUUUGCUGUUGCCUGCUUCGGGGUGGAAGAGUUGAGCAGGGCCUAUGAGGACAGCGGUGACGACUACAACAGCAUCAUGGUCAAGGCGCUGGGGGACCGGCUGGCGGAGGCCUUUGCAGAGGAGCUCCACGAACGGGUUCGCAAAGAGCUGUGGGCGUACUGUGGUGGCGAGCAGCUGGAUGUGGCAGACCUGCGCAGGCUUCGCUAUAAGGGCAUCCGCCCCGCUCCCGGCUACCCCAGCCAACCCGACCACACCGAGAAGCUCACCAUGUGGAGGCUCGCAGACAUCGAGCAGGCCACAGGCAUUAGGUUAACGGAAUCAUUAGCAAUGGCACCUGCUUCAGCGGUGUCGGGACUCUACUUCUCCAACCUGAAGUCCAGAUAUUUUGCUGUGGGGAAAAUUUCCAAGGAUCAGGUUGAGGAUUAUGCUUUUAGGAAGAACAUGUCUGUGGCCGAGGUUGAGAAAUGGCUUGGACCCAUCUUGGGAUAUGAUACAGACUAACUUAUAUUUAUUUUUUUGACCUUUUCUAUACUUAAUGAUCCUCAAGGAAGUAUAGUCCAAAGUGCCUUAGAAAUGAAAACAGCAAAAGCUUGUGUGCACUGCUUCUGGUUUUCCAAGACAAUUUGGUGGAUCCCUGUGAAGGAGCAGGGUUUUCCUCCGUACCUGGAAAACAAGCAACAUUGAACCAAGAGCUGCGAGUGGAGCUCCGAUGGUGUCCCUGGCCCCUCAGGAGCUGGGACAGGCUGCAUGUUGAGGUCUUUUGCAUUUCAAAGCAAGUCUGCUUGCUUUUUUCCAUCUUUAACUUGGAUCUAGGAGGCCACUUACUCCUCUGUUUUGUUUUGUUUUUCCUCUUCAAAAAAAAGCCUGAAACUCAGUCGAAUAGAGAAACGUGUAGAGAAAUGUGACCCUGUGGCAAAAGACACUGAGAGAAAUGCAGUAUUUUAAUCUAAAUGGUUACAACAGUGGACUCAAACAGGGAAGAAAGUAUAACUCUGCUCUCUCCUUGGCCGAUCUCAUUUUCUAAAGGCUGGAUAAAGGGCUGCAGAGCUCCCUUUGGCAAAAGGCAUCAGAAGUGCUCGAGCAGUUGCCCUGGUGUGGCCAAGCGUUGUCAUGCUCUCCUGACCUCUUUGUCCUCCUGUAAUUUCGUAGUCCCUAGCCCGAAGGGAAAAAGAGAAGGAGGUGGGGAGAGAGGAUGGCAGUGAAUGGUGGUUAACAUCUUUUAGUUGUUUGCAGAAUUGAGCAGGUUGUCAACAGAGCUGCAAUGUCCUGUGCAGCAUUGGAUGGGUGGACAGUAUGAUGCCACUCAGUCUUCCUUUUCUGUGCCAACCCAACUCCACACUCAUGCAGUUUAGAAACAGCACAUUGACUUGUUCUCCAUUAUUUCAGGGGCAAUGGUUAAGAGCAUGGGCUUUGAAGUCAGACAUACUUGGAUUCAAAUUUCAGUCCUGCCACCUAAUUGCUGCGUGAGUAGGUGAAUUUACUUAAGCUUCCCAGCACUGUUUCCUCAUCUCCUUUCCCUGGUUCCCCUUUGACAUCAUUCUGUUGGUUAACUUUCUACAUUUCUGAUCAUUUCUCAGCCAUUUUCAUGGUUUUUUCUCCUCUGUGCACUUAAAUCCCCAUGCACCCACGGGUCCAUCAUUAGUUGCCUUCUUAGUCUGUGUGGUCCCUUGGGCGAACUUAUCUAGGCAGCUCCAUCCACACUCCUCCCUCCUGGAGCACACGGCCUGCAUCCUGCAGCUCCUCCAGCAGGAUGUGUAGACGUCCCAAGCCAUUGUGUCCUGAGCCAGUGUCGUUUCAUUCUUCUCAAAUUCCUUAUAUAUUCAGUAACAAAGAAUGGUGCCUGCACUGCAGCAGCACACCUCAAACUCACCCCUUAUCCUCCUCUGCUUGGACUUUUGCAGUUAUCUCAAAAAUGUGCACAUAAAAGAUGCACAUAUCCUACUUUAGUGGGUGGUGGUGGAAAUGUUCAGAGAAGGCAGUGGUUGAGGGCUGGUUUGGAGCUUGAAAGGCAGAGACCAGGAAGAAAGACAUGAGCAGACGAAGCACUGUCUUUUUUUGUGAGUAGGAAUAUUAGAGGUUGUGGAGGCAUCAGAUCUCUCCCGAUGGAUCUGUAGGUGCAAUGACAUUUCCUACAGAGAUUUUGUUGAACAUAACCAGCAGAUAUUUAAAUUUCUUUGCAAUAGGAGAGGACUGAGAAUGGCCAAAUGCUGCUAAAUAUGAAAAAGAGGUUGAGGGACUUACAAGGUACUAAGUUUUAUUGCAGAGAUAGUGCCACACCCGGUGCAGAGGUGGAACAAAUCAAGGAGCCUGGAAACUAACCAGGCCUGUGUGGACCUUUGAGUGAUGACAGCAUGGCAGGGCAGAUCGGUGGGGACAGUAAGGACCACUCUGUAAACAGUGCUAGGACAGUGGUUAUCCAUAUGGGAAAAAAGAAAUUUGAUUUCUGCCUCACACCUUACCCAGCAGUCAAUUCCAAAUAUGUUAAGGACUUCAAUACAAAAAGCAAAAGUUUUAAAUAAUUGCAUGAAAAACCUCAGGGCAGGAAGGACGGGAGACACAAAGCAAUAAUCAUAAAAGAAAAGAGAUUAAAUCAACUCUGUUAAAACUAAGGACUUAUGUUAAGCAGAUAAACAAUGUAAGUGAAAAGACCGGCCACUCUUGAGAAGACAUACAGUAGAUAACUGACAAGAAUCUGUAGAGAAUUUCUACUUUAAAAAAAACUCAGUAGACUAAUACUCUUGAGAGAGAAGGCAUUUCACAAAAGAGGAAUACAUAGGGCUUGUACCCAGGUAGCAAGAUGUUCCGCAGCACCAGCGAUGCGAGGAAUAUGAAUUAAGACCACAGUGAGAUUCCAUUCUACACCUAACACUUGAAGAAGUUGGUCUGACAGUACCAGGUGUUAAAGAAGAUGUGUGGAAUCUCAUACAUUGUCAUGGUGUGUAAACAGACACCACCGCUUUAGAAAACAAUCACACAUCACAAACUUGAACACGUGCAGACUUUGUGCUCUAGCUGCCAGCUCCCAGGUGGAUGUCCGGCAAACCCGUGCAUGUGGCCACUGGAGGUCUGUGCAGAAAUGUUCAUAGUAACAUAUUCUUGAUAGUUGAUAACUGAAAAAAGUGAAAUGUCUGUCUGUCUGCAGGAGAAUGGGUAAAUAAAUUAGGUUGUCUUCACCCUAAGGGAUAUUGUUCUGUAGCGGAAAGGAAUGAACUACGGCUCUACCUCACAGUGAGAAGAAUCUCGGAAAAUAUUAAGGAAGAAAAACAGGUUCCAGGAGCCCCCAGAUGUAUGAUGCUAUUUUGAUUGAGCUCAAAAACAAGCACAACCAAAGAAUAUAUUGUGUAGGUGUACAUAUGUGACAAAACUGUUACAAAAGAAAGAAAAACAGAAUGCUAAACCAAAAUUUAGUGUAGUGAUUACCCAUGGGCGGGGGAUGGAGGGGCUAGAGAGGAACACAGGUGGAGGCAGGUAAAGAGGAGUGGUCCCAUGUGCAGGCAGUAGGGCUGUGGGUGUUCGUACUGUAUUAUGCUCUAUAACUAUAACGUGUAGGGUUUUGUAUGUACUGGAUUUGUUACUUGAUGCAUAUGCUAAAUAUAUUAUAAAAAAUAAUAAAGGCAAAGUGGAGUGAUAA